AUGAUUGGCUUAAUUGAAGCCGAACAAAGAAGAGAGGCCAAUCAAGACACUUUUUUUAUGUUUGACUUCAUCUGGCAGAACAAGAAAUGGAGCAUUGAUGCAACUCAUGAGGAUGGCACCCUUGGCCGCCUUAUAAAUGAUGAUCACAUAAACCCAAAUUGUACAAUGAAAAGGAUUAUCGUUGAGGGAAAACCCUGUUUGUGCCUAUUCGCUGCAAGAGAUAUCAUUCCUGGAGAGGAACUCACAUAUGACUAUGGAGGAAGUCACUGGCCUUGGAGAAAGCCUCCAUGCAAGGAUGAUGACAACAUGACAGCAAUAGAGAACUGCUCUGAUGAUUCUGUAACUACUGAAGGCACUUCACGAUUCACAGCUGAGCCUCCAUGCAAGGAUGAUGACAACAUGACAGCAAUAGAGAACUGCUCUGAGGAUUCUGUAAAUACUGAAGGCACUUCACGAUUCACAGCUGAGCCUCCAUGCAAGGAUGAUGAGAACAUGACAGCUAUAGAGAACUGCUCUGAGGAUUCUGUAAAUACUGAAGGCACUUCACGAUUCACAGCUGAGCCUCCAUGCAAGGAUGAUGACAACAUGACUGCAAUAGAUAACUGCUCUGAGGAUUCUGUAACUACUGAAGGCACUUCACGAUUCACAGCUGAGCCUCCAUGCAAGGAUGAUGACAACAUGACAGCAAUAGAGAACUGCUCUGAUGAUUCUGUAACUACUGAAGGCACUUCACGAUUCACAGCUGAGCCUCCAUGCAAGGAUGAUGACAACAUGACAGCUAUAGAGAACUGCUCUGAGGAUUCUGUAACUACUGAAGGCACUUCACGAUUCACAGCUGAGCCUCCAUGCAAGGAUGAUGACAACAUGACAGCAAUAGAUAACUGCUCUGAGGAUUCUGUAAAUACUGAAGGCACUUCACGAUUCACAGCUGAGCCUCCAUGCAAGGAUGAUGACAACAUGACAGCAAUAGAGAACUGUUCUGAGGAUUCUGUAACUACUGAAGGCACUUCACGAUUCACAGCUGAGCCUCCAUGCAAGGAUGAUGACAACAUGACAGCAAUAGAUAACUGCUCUGAGGAUUCUGUAAAUACUGAAGGCACUUCACGAUUCACAGCUGAGCCUCCAUGCAAGGAUGAUGACAACAUGACAGCAAUAGAGAACUGCUCUGAGGAUUCUGUAAUUACUGAAGGCACUUCACGAUUCACAGCUGAGCCUUUGGUUGAUUACUCGGACACCGAAGAUGAAGUUUUGUGUUCUAAAAUUAAGACAUCUUAUAAAAAGAGUGCACCACAGUAUCAUCAUCACAGCACACGGUUUGUGAGAACGGCACACUUCCAGCAGACCCAGUCUCCAAAAAAAAGAGAGGUUACGUUAAGAAGACGGCCUGGAACAAACUUGAGAUACAGGCUGUGGAGAAGCAUAUGAUGAGGUUUAUUAACAAUCACAAAAUUCCAGGAAAGGCAGACUGCAUGAGGUGUAAAGAGGCGGAACCACUUGCACUUAAAAAUAGAGAGUGGUCUACACUUAAAUUUUACAUCAAAAAUCGAAUCUCCGCUCUAAACAGAAAAUAUCUGCCAAAUUAAUUGACACACUGUCAGACUGAAUUGUUCAUUGGUAGAAACAAGCUUUUAUAGUUUUAAAACAAGCUUCCAUAGUCAAAUGGUUAGCGCAAUAGACCAUCAGUUCCAUAUUAUUGUUUGGAAAUGUAGAUUGUUCUUUCGAAAAUUAAGGCAUUUUAAAUAACUUUUAGACUGGAGUCUUUUUUUUCAUCCUUGUCUGCUUCAAAUGUAGAAUUGUUUUUCUAUAAAUGCAGACAUGGUAGAUUUUCAUUCUAUUGUACUUGUUUUCAAAAACUUGAGAAUGCAGUGUUUGUCAUGAAGGGUUUUAUUAAUAUAUUUUUUUUAAUUCAACUAGUGUUUACUGUGAACAUCUUUAUGAAAUAUUUCUGCAAAUUUUUGUGGACGACUGAAACUUAUGCUAAUGUUUCUGACCCUGACUGUUGACGUACUAAUGUUAUGAGUUUUGAAAAUGUAUGUCAUAAACUGUAUAACACUUUUUUUUUUUACUAAACCUUUAAAAGUACUAAGUUAAUUUUGUUUCUACAUCUAAAACAAA